AUGUGCUUUAUCUUUCUUUCUUUCUUUCUUUCUUCUUUUUCUUUCUUUCUUCUUUUUCUUUCUUUUUUUUCUUUCUUUCUUUUCUUUUCUUUUCCUUUCCUUUUCCUAAAACAAAGCGGCACCUUUGUUAUGUUAUUAUUUCUUUCUUUCUUUCUUUCUUUCUUUCUUUCUUUCUUUCUUUUCACCCUUUCUGCCCUUCCUUUCUUUCUAACUCCCUUCCUCUCUGCUAUUCUCUAUAGGUAUUUUUCUUUUCUCUCUUUCUUUCUUUCUUUCUUUCUUUCUUUCUUUCUUUCUUUUCACCCUUUCUGUCUUUCCUUUCUCUCUAACUCUCUUCCUCUCUGCCUUUUUCUUUUCUUUCUUUCUUUUCACUCUUUCUGCCCUCCCUUUCUUUCUAACUCCCUUCCUCUCUGCCUUUUUCUUUUCUUUCUUUCUUUUCACCCUUUCAGCCCUCCCUUUCUUUCUCCCUUCCUCUCUGUCUUUUUUUUUCUUUUCCCUCUUUCCUGUUCAUCCCUUCCUGUCAGUAAUUCUCUACAGGUUUUUCCUUCUUUCUUUCUUUCUUUCUUUCUUUCUUUGGUUCUCUGCCUUUUCUUCAUGCAUUUAUCAACUUCAUCUUCCUUUCUUCAUUUAUUCUUUCAUUUAUUCACAACCCAUUUAAACCUCUGA